GCCCCCGCUCAAUGAUGGCGGCGGCGCUGCGAGGCCCCGCGUCCCGGCCAUGGCGGCUGCUGGUGCCCGCGGUCCGCAGGGGCAGCGGGGCCGCGCCGGGAGCCGCCGACACUCCUCCGCAGCGAACGGAGCAGCGCCCGGGCAGCGGCACCGCGGGCUCUGUUUCCCUGCAGGUUCCUUCAGAGAAAUCAGAAUCCUUUGCAUCCAUGUUGAGACGCUCUCCUUUAAUUCAGAUGGGGCCUGCCAAAGAUAAAAUUGCUAUUGGUCAAAUAUUCCAUGUUGUAGAAGAUGAUCUUUACAUAGAUUUUGGUGGCAAGUUUCACUGUGUGUGCAGAAGACCAGAAGUUGAUGGAAAAAAAUAUCAGAGAGGAACCCGAGUACGUCUCAGACUGCUGGAUCUUGAACUGACGUCCAGGUUUUUGGGGGCAGCCAGUGAUACAACAUUGCUGGAAGCUGAUGCAGUGCUUUUGGGACUUGCAGAGAGCAAGCAAACAAAGCAAAAGGAGUAAAUUUACUGCAAAGAGAUGCGCUUUGUGCACUUCGUGCUCUGUAACAAAUUACAUAAAUUAAAUGCUUCCUCAGGAAAUAAAUUAAAAUUUUCUGUCCACUUAGUCAUGUAAAAAAUGAGAUCAAUAAAGAACAAUAAGCACAUUGUACCUAA